CCGUGUCCGACUGUUCCCGUGUGUGUUUCCCGUGUCCGGCUGUCCCCAUGUCUGUGACCGUGUCCGGGCCUGUGUCCGGCUGUCCCCAUGUCUGUGACCGUGUCCCGCUGUCCCGUGUCACGCAGGGUCUGUGCAGCCCCCUCCGGGCCGAUGGAUCCGCGGUGCCGGCGCUGGCUGCAGGGCUCCCCGCGGCCGUGCCGCCUCCUGCUGCACACCCUGUGCUCGGGGCCCGGSGGGGCGAUGGCCGCGCUCCGGCUGCUGCAGCGGGGCCAGCCCGACGAGGGGCCGGGCCAGGCGUUCCCCUGGCAGGCUCUGAGCUCAGCCCUGUGCGCCGAGGAGCCCGCGCUGGAGGGGCCGCAYGACACCCUGGCUGUCAAGCCACGGCUGCUGCUGCUGCCCGUUGUGUGCCAGAGAAACCUCCUCUCCCUGCUCCUGGUGGUGAGGGAUGUGGUGCCRGGGGACUGCCUGGUCCGGCUGCUCCAGGCCGUGGAGCAGGAUUCCCAUGUGGAUCCCUGGGUGCGGGCACUGGGGCAUCUGCUCCAGCAGGGACACAGGGCACAGGGUGAAUUCCCACCUCCCACUCCCCUGUCUGCUGCAUGCCAGCAGCAGCUUAGUGGUCUGUGCCAGAAAAUUGCCCAGAAGAAAGCAGAAGAGGGGCAAAGAAAAUCGAACUGGUGCUUCAGCAAGCAGGCUGGUGCCGCUGACAGUGUGCCUCAAGGUGGGAAGUGCAAGAAAGCGUCGGAGGAGAGCCUGGAGCUGGACAAUGGGAGAGAAGGAAAGAGGAUGAUGCUGGAGGAGGUGGCCUUUGAGCCCCCAGGACCACAGGAAUGUGGGGAUGUGGCAGGGGUGGCAGAGGAGGUGCCCCAGGAGCCUUCAGGGGACAGCACAYCUCCUCAGAGCACAGACAGGGCUGCUCUGGACAGCUCCCAGCAGGAUGCAGCUGGGGAGCAAAAGAACAUUUCCCAGACAGAGCUGGCAGCUGAGGUCCAGUCCUUUGUCCAGGUGCACGGRCAGAGGCUGAAAAUGCUGCUGCUGCAGGAGUCCAGUUACUCCGAGCUGAGCGCCCCACCCGAGCUGAGCAUCCUGAGCUCCUGCUCUCCCCGCCAGCUCGAGGGGCUGUGCUCCUUCCUGCAGCUCUCCACGUGCCCAGAGCCCUUCCUGGUGCGUUUCUGCAGCUGGCUGCUGCCUCUGAGCCCCGAGCUCAGCUACACCAGCGCAGCCAUCCUGGCAGAGCAGCUCUUCCUCAGGCGAGUYCUGUCCCUCACCCAGCCGCCCUCCCGACACCUCAUGGCUGCCCUCACUUCGUUUUGCUCCAAGUACUCCCAUCCCCUCUGCCGUGUGCUGCUGGCUGCGGUGMUGCAGGAGCCAGGGGAAGAUGCUGAGCAGACCAAGCUGCUGUGUGAGCUGGUGGAGGAGUGCCUGGAGCCGCACUCUGUGCAGCUGGUGCUGAGCCAGGUCCUGGAGGUGCCUUUAUCGGAGAAGCUGCUGCUGGUGCUGCAGGCUGUGCUGGGGCGGCAGGAGGAGCUGCCCGCUGAGCUCUUGGAUCUGCUGGUGCUGACCCUGUGCCGGCAGGGCCCAGCCUUUGCUGCAUCUCUUGGUUAUGCCAGGCUGGUGACAGCCGUGCUCACGGGGUACCAGAGCCAGGUGACCCCAGCUCACCGGAGCAGCCUGGCUGCMGUCCUGGAGCGGAGCAAUGCUGCGCUGAAGAGAUCGCUGCAGGCUGUGCUGGGAGGGACCAGGUGAGCUGGGGACAGGGCUCUCCAGGCUGUGCCACGGAUGCCAUGAGCCGUGCCAGGGCGGGGAUGGAGCUGUGCUGUGCUGUGCAUGGCAGUGGCUUUCCUCUUCUGCAUUU